UCGUUUUAUUCCGUCUACAGUUUCAUAUUUUCUUCUGUGCUUUUGGAUUGAUUUGGAUUGGGUUUGCUUACCCUUUUGGCACCCUUGUCAGUCGAUUGUAAGUGUCAGAAAGCAGGGAUGGACAGUCACAAGGUUGAAGAUAAAGAGAGUCUCCUCCUCUAAACAAUCUAAACAGGGUAAAUGUGAACCAACUUCAUCAAAAUGCUCAUUGACAAUAGAAAAGCAGAACUCUUUUGGCCCUGAUUCUCCCAGUCACAAUAUUGUUGAUGAAGAUCCAUGUCAUGACUCACACGUUGGUGUGGAAUCAAUGGAUUUGCGUCUUGUAUUGCCUUCAUGGUCGAUAGAAGAAUCCAAGAUUGGAAAAAGGCAGAGAAGGCAAACAAAGUUAUUGGAAGAACUUCCUCUUUUGAAUUCAAUUUAUGGUGAGAACUUUCUCCUCAAUUUUAAUUCAGGAAUUGAUAUUUCAAUUCCACUCAGGGUUCUUCUGUCCAAAGAACAUUUAAACGAUGAAAGGGCGAUUCUGAAGAUCAAUUGGACAGACACACAGGUUGGCAUCCAUAUAGAACCCAGAAAUGGAGUAAAAAGUCUAUUGACCUUGUAUGGAAAGCUUCAAUCAGCGGCUAAGCGAAAGCAUAUAGAAGGAUCGAUAAUAGCUAUACUGAACGCGGUGCGGGAGGCAUUCAAUUUUGGCAAAAUUCCUAUAAUGGUGGGGCACAUAAUUUACCCAAAGUAUGAUCGGGACUAUAUUCAACAUGAGGAAAUAGGAAGUGGUUUCUAUGGAAAGGUGUAUAGAUGCGAGGCCAAACUUGAAGGCACGGAUUGUGCUAUUAAGAAGAUACUUUUGACCAAAUCAGAAGAAGUUCAACGUGUGUUUAAUGAAGCCAAAAUGCUCAGUCUCGUACGACAUCCAAAUGUUGUGGGCUAUUAUCAGGCAUGGAUUGAAGAUUACAGAAAACCAAACAAUUCUAAGACUCGCAAAUCUUGUUCCUCUUCAUAUGGCCCGAGGCAGAAGAUGAUGUAUAUUCAUAUGGAACUUUGUAAGGGGGGGUCAUUGGCGUCUAAAUUAGCGAAGGAGAAGGAGCUACGGACGGAUAUGGCAUGGAGUUACUCUCGGCAGAUUUUGGAGGCUUUACAGUGCAUACAGCGCAAAAAUAUUAUUCAUCGGGACUUGAACCCGAAAAAUAUUUUCAUAGACGACAGUGGAACAGUGAAAAUUGGGGAUUUUGGAUUAGCUAUGCGUAAGGAUGAGGAUGUCAGUUCGAACAAAAAUUUGUCACCAGUUGGUGCAGCUCUCUACCGUGCACCUGAAAUGAGAAAGGGGGUGUGCAUCACCAACAAGGUGGACAUGUUUGCCUUGGGGUUGAUUCUAUUCGAGCUGUUUUGUCCCCGGGGACGUUCUGAGAAAGUGAUCCAAAUGUUGAAUGGCUCGGAAUCACCCUGCGAAAUUUGCGAAGAGUAUAAGGUGGAUGAAACUGCCAAGCCCCUGAUCUUGAAGCUACUUCGGACAGAUCCAUUGAAACGGCCUUCUGCUGCUGAUCUUCUACAGGAUUUAGAUACAUUGGAGGUGACAAGAAAGAACACUCAGGAAACAGAAAUACAACAAAGACCUGAGCAAGAGCAUAUUCAAAUAGAGAGCCAAUCCAGUCUGAUGAUAAAGGUCCAUACGCAUCAAGAUAAAAGGCAAAAAACAGUGGGGAUUGGAAUCACAGCAACUGACUCUAUGGGACAUCUUCAAGCAGGUUGGGCACUGAGGGAAAGAAUGUCAGCAGACCCAUUGCAAGACAAAGCUGUUGCUGUGAGACUCGCACUACGGAAUGCGAUCGACCAAGGAUGGAGGAACAUCAAAGUGGAACUGGAUGAUAGGGAGCUGGUGGAGUGCAUUAAGGAAACAAGGAACAACAAGUCAACAACCAACUGACGGCUACUCUAAUACGCGACAUUCAGUCCAUAAGUAAUUUGUUUCAUAAGUGUUCUUUCUCUUUUGCUAAUUCAGGGUAUGUAGAAAGUAUUAAGUUGAGCUUGCAUGCUCUAAACAUCGUUUUAGAUGAAAAAUGGGUGAAUCCCAAUCUUAGGUGUUAGGCACCAAUGAUUUUUGUAGGACGGUUGUCCUUUUGAUUGGACCUUUGUCCAAAUAUUGUAAAGUAUUCGGUUAUAAAUAUAAAGCUAAUGUUUCGACAAAAAAAAAA